AUGAUGAAUCGAGAAGGAAGUGACACGACAGCGUCUCGCGUCUGGCAAGCCUGCGUCAAUUGCCGACGGAAAAAACAUCUCACUGUUAUGCAGAUCAAAUGCGAUGGAAAAGACCCCUGUCACAAUUGUAGCUCGCGCGAACUCUUGUGCGAUUAUCCAGGUAGCAAUGACAACGCAUCUAAUAGUCGCAGUUAUGUUGCAUUACACGAGGCAAGGAUUCAGCAGCUCGAAGAGCUUUGCCAAAAUCUACAGGUCAUUACAACACAGCUUACACAAGCAAUCGAAAAGAUUCCUCAAGGAUACAGCGUAAACGCUUCUUGUCAACAUGCGUGUAAUCGAGGCGAAAUUAUUCAUUCACACCCGUACGACAAUUCGGGCCACCUGGAUACAUCACCAGCAACUGGAACGAUUGAGACGUCACAUGGUUUACCAGCAGAGACUGACCCUCACGAGGAGGCUGCGAAUUCCAGAGCAGGAUCCCAUCAAAGAGAGGACGACGUUGAUGGAAAUGGUCAGGCUGGCUCUUCCACGAGCCCCUUUGGAUCCUUGAUCCAGGAUAGCUCCGGGAAUUCAAGGUUUAUUGGAGGGGCGAGUAACGAAUUCUUGGUUCAAGCGAUCCGGAGCCUGACUGUCGCGCAAUCUGAGGGUGAAGCCGAGUCCUUAACUUUCAGCAUUGGGAGCCACCACGACUCUACUAUGACCACCACUGCGCAACAGGGCUUUGACUUACCAUUCAUGACCCACGAUUUGAGGUGGCGGAAUCUACCUUACUUACCCAAACCUGAAGAUUUGAAAUUGCCUCCCAAAUACAUCGCUGAUAUGCUUGUUGGACUCUAUUUCGAACACUAUCAUUAUUCCUUUCCUGUGCUUUUUAAGCCUCAUUUUAUCGAAUCCUAUAGGCAGCUAUAUACAACGACCAGGGAGCCCGCGCAUGACAGUGGAUUCCUUUCCGUCUUUUUCGCAGUCUUGGCAUGCGUAUCGAAUUUAACAUCUUCCGAAGGCCCUAAUUCAACCUACCCAGGUUUGGAGUUCUACGAGAAGGCCUUGUUACUAUAUUACUCCUCCAAUGGAAAGAUUAGCAAAGCACAAACGCAAUGUUUGGCCCUGCUUUCCAUGUGUUGUUCUGGUUACAAUGAAGCAUCCACAAGCUGGCACUUUGCCGGACAAGCAGUCAGAUCAGCGCAGGAGCAAGGAUUUCACAUGAGUGAAUUGAUAUCUAUCCCUGAUGAUCCCCAUAAAGACGCAUCAUCGUCACUCGACGCCGAACUAGCCCGUAGAAUUUGGUGGGCCAUAUAUUGUCUUGAUAGAGUAACGUCUAUCUCUCUUGGGAGGCCUUCAGCCAUCAAUGAUAAUGACUGCUCAUGGGAACUGCCACUGCUGAUUUCCGACGAGCACUUGAUCGAUUCUCAUGCCUUAGAAAACACACCACAAGAUGGUCUAAGCUCACCAACUCCUUUGUCAGGUUUUAUCAGGUUUAUCCGUCUGUGCCAGAUAUCUGGCCAGGUACACAGCAUACAAGCACCUUCCGAAGUUAGAGAUCUUGGCCCAAGAGCUAGGCGAGGGCGGAUAAUGAAGCUCGCUUUGGAUCAAGAAAGGGACUUGGAAGACUAUGCCAAAGAAUUGUCAGAUAACUUGAAUGAUGCUUUUGCGAGUCGAAAGAACCCUUUCAGUCAACGUCAGACCAUCACUAAUUGCGUCACUGCUGCGAGAAACUGCAUCAACUCUGCUAUACUGGUUCGAGAUUUCGUCCCUCCCUCUCAUCUUUUGGCAUUGUGUGUUCACUACCUCAUUAUCUCUGGCCUUGUUCUGUAA